CUUACCGUACUGAUGACUGCCAGCCCUGGGUGCUGCCGGUGGUGAAGAAGGUGGAGCGGCUGAUCGUGGAGGACACCAGCCUGAACCACGAGUACCUGCCCAUCCUCGGCCUGCCCGAGUUCCGCUCCGCCUCCUCCAAGGUCGCCCUGGGAGACGACAGCUCCGCCAUCAAGGAGAACAGGGUAGGAGGGGUCCAGGCUUUGGGAGGGACAGGCGCGCUGAGGAUCGGGGCGGAGUUCCUGCGACGCUGGUACAACGGCGUCAACAACACGGCCACGCCGGUCUACGUCUCAGCGCCCACCUGGGAGAACCACAACAGCGUGUUUGCUGAUGCUGGCUUCAAAGACAUCCGGCCCUACCACUACUGGGAUGCUGCUAAGAGGGGCCUGGACCUCGCCGGGCUCCUGGAUGAUCUGGAGAAAGCUCCAGAACACUCCAUCUUCGUCCUGCACGCCUGCGCGCACAACCCCACCGGCACCGACCCGACCCCCGACGAGUGGAAGAAGAUCGCAGAGAUCAUGAAGAGGAGGAACCUGUUUGUGUUCUUCGACUCGGCCUAUCAGGGUUUCGCCUCCGGCAGUCUGGAUAAAGAUGCCUGGGCCAUCCGCUACUUUGUCUCUGAGGGCUUUGAGCUAUUUGUGGCUCAGUCCUUCUCCAAAAACUUUGGCCUUUACAAUGAGAGAGUCGGCAACCUGACCAUCGUUGCCCAGGACAACGAGAACCUGACCCGCAUCCUGUCCCAGAUGGAGAAGAUUGUCAGGACGACUUGGUCCAACCCGCCGUCUCAGGGAGCGCGCAUCGUCAGCAAGACCCUCAACUGCCCCGAGCUCUUCGCCGAAUGGUACGCUCCGAACAGCCAGCGAGUCCCGGUGCUGCUGGUGACGCUUUAG